AUGCAUGCUUGGUACGGGAAUUUAAUGUUGUUAAUAAGCCUACUGUUUUUUGUAAGUGGGAACGAAGAUGAAUCUGCGAAUGAACAUUCUUUGGAGUUGACCCAGUCCUUGAACUUAGCCCGGCAAGAGCUUAUUCAAGACGCAUGUCGGCGAUUUCCUAUAAAAUGGAGUCUCGAUGAAUUACCCUCAAGUCAGCUGGAACAUAUUCUAGUUGAUGACACCCAUAGACUUCUCUAUUGCUAUGUGCCAAAGGUGGCAUGCACAAACUGGAAGAGGGUGCUGAUGAUACUGGAGGGAAAAUGGAACGAUACGGAUGUACUGUCCAUACCGGCCAGUCUUGCGCACUCGCCGGGAAUGUUCCGGAACCUUAGUACGGUGCCGAAAGAAGAGCGGGACAUCAUGUUGGACUCGUACCACAAGAUGAUCAUCGUUAGAAAUCCCUUCGAGCGUCUCUUGUCGGCGUACCGAAACAAAUUGGAGGGAGAGACUCAGAGCGCGAAAUAUUUCCAGGACCGUGUGGGCAAGAGGAUAGUGCGCGCUUACCGCGAGAACCCCUCGAACGAGUCGCUGGAGCACGGCCACGACGUCACCUUCAAGGAGUUCGCGCUGUUCCUCACGAACAAAUCGGAGGAGUUGGCGGACGUGGUGAACAACGAGCACUGGCAGCCCAUCACCAGCCUAUGCCACCCGUGCCUCAUAAAGUACACUUUAGUCGGUAAAUACGAGACGUUGCUUGACGACUCUCUGCUCGCGCUGAACACGAUAAACGCGUCCCACAUACAGUUCCCGAGGCUCGCCCGCACUUCGGGCACCGCCGAGAAACUCCACAGGUACUUCUCGCAGCUGGACCUGCCGCUGAUACGUCGCCUCUACAAAGUGUACAAGUACGACUACAGAAUGUUCAACUACGACCUGGACAACAUUGUCGGCUACGACCUCGGA